AUGGCAUAUGAUCCAGAAACCACCGAGGUGGUCAUCAUUGGUGCAGGCUUAUCCGGCCUACAAGCCGCGCGCUUGCUACACGAAGCAGGGGUUACAACAGUUGUUCUGGAAGCCCGGUCGCGAAUCGGCGGAAAGACUUGGAGUAUCCUGGCCGGACCCAAUGGAAACAGUGUAGCGGAUUUGGGCGCGGAGUGGCUCAACGACACAACCCAACCACACGUGUACCAGCUCGCCCGGAGCCUGGGCCUCGAGUUCACGGAGGUCCAGGUGAAAGGGGAUGCAGUCCUGCAUCUGAAACGUAGUGAAGUUGACGAGACAGUGAUCAGACACCCGUAUGGAGAGCAACCAUUGCUACCAGAUGGCGAGGAUGUGGUUAUUCAGCACAUGAAAGACAUAUUCGAGGAGGAGUACAAAAACAUUGACCUCACGAGGCCUCAUCAGUGCGACCACGAUGAUAUCACCCUCGAAGACUUUGUCCGCAGUCGCGGAGGUGGGCCAGCAACGUUGGCAACAGUCGCCGUGUGGACACGAGUGAUGCUGGGCUGCGAGCCGGGUGACUUGAGUGCUGCUUCUUUCUUCGUCUACUGCCAGAGUCAGGGCGGACUGAUGAAGAUGAGGUCGGGUAAAGUGCAGGGUAGAUACCUCACUGUCACGACAGGCACGCAGUCAAUUGCUGAGGGACUAGCAGCAUCUAUGCCCCAGGGAACUAUCAGACUGGGCACAGCAGUCGAGUCGAUCAUACAAAAGUCAGACGGUGUGGAUGUUUACAGCACGACUGGACUAGUUUUCCGAGCCCGCAAGGUCAUCGUUGCUUUCUCCACCCCUUUGUAUAAGAAGAUCAACUUCGAUCCUCCCUUGCCUCCCAGAAAGGCGUUUCUGGUGCAAAACACAGCGCUGGGAUAUUAUACCAAGGUCAUGGCAUCCUACAGCAGGCCGUGGUGGAGAGAGAACGGCCUCAGCGGAGCCUCUCAGUCCUUUCUGGGGCCCGCGGCGGCGACUCGAGAUACCAGCGAUGAUUCCCGGUCUCAUUUUCGCCUGACAAGCUUCAUCGCUGGCCAACCUGGGCGAGAAUGGUCUCGAUUACCUGCAGCUGACAGGAAGGCAGCAGCAUUGAAGCAACUGGCCCUUAUAUUCUCGAGCGACGAUGCCCACUACCCAGUGGAGUAUAUUGAGCAACAAUGGUCUUCCGAAGAGUGGAGCUUAGGCUGCCCAUGCCCCUAUACGCCCCCGGCGGUGCUGACCAAAGAAGGCGAUUGCCUAACAGAGCCUUACGGACAUGUGCAUUUUGUCGGCACCGAGACUGCGGUCGAGUGGAAGGGCUACAUGGAGGGGGCAUUGACCGCGGGGAUUAGGGGAGCUCGAGAGAUUGCAAAGCUCAUCGGAGGCGUCAAAAUAUAG